AUGGUCUACCAUGUCGCAGAGCCGAAUAGCUACCUGGUCAUCACCGGUGUUGGCAUCGAGAAGGUUCUCAUCAAGAAGAAGAUCUCCAUCACGCCCUUCGACUUCAGCAUGGGCAUCCAAGCCAUGACUGUUGAGAAACUGCAAUUCUCUCUACCAGCAGUCUUCACCAUCGGCCCCGCGGAUAGCCAAGAGGCGCUCGAGAAGUACGCCGUGCUCCUGACGGGCGAGUCUGAUGGCCGUCCUCCUGUCGCGGCAGCAAAAGGUGCUGUCACCGUCGCUGCGGGCCGGAACCAUGUCCAGGAGAUUGUCAAGGGUAUUAUUGAGGGUGAGACGCGCAGUAUCGUGUCCAACAUGACUAUGGAGGAGUUGUUCCGUGAGCGUCGAGUCUUCAAGGAUAAGGUCAUCCAGCAAGUCCAGUCUGAACUUGAUCAGUUCGGUCUCUGCAUCUACAACGCCAACGUUAAGGAACUCCAAGACACGCCUGGAUCGGAGUACUUUGCCUUCUUGUCACGCAAAGCCCACGAAGGCGCCCUCAAUCAAGCCAAGGUCGAUGUCGCGGAUGCCCGGAUGCGCGGCGAGGUCGGAGAAGCAGAGAAGCAAGGCAAGACGAAGCAAGAAGUCGCAAAGAUUCACGCCGCAACCGCUGUCCUUGAGACGGAGCGCAAAGCCGAAAAGGCACAGGCCGAUGCGAAACUCACAAACAAGGAGAUUCAGAUUGGUAAUGACUUGAACAUUGCACGCAUCAACGCGAAGCGCGAGGCUGAGCUCAGGGACGCGGAACUAAACACCGAUGUCGAGAAGAAGAAGGCGCUCAUGGAGCUCGAGAGGCUGCGAGCCACCAAGGUCGUCCAGGCGAAGAUUGAGAAGGAGAGUUCGCAGCAGAAAGCUGAUGCUGAGCUGUAUGCACAGGAGAAGGCAGCUGAGGGCAAAAAGUUCAGCGAGCAGGCUGACGCUGAAGCUGCUGCAUUCCGUCGCCUGAAAGACGCAGAGGCAGACUACGCAGCCAAAGAGCGCGAGGCGGAGGCUAACUUCCUCGUAACCAAGCGCACUGCUGAGGCAGAGUAUUUCCGAAAGGAGCGCGAUGCUCAGGCUCAGCUGAUUGCACAACAACGCGAAGCUGAAGGUUUGUCGGCCAUGGCGAAGGCUUACGGCGACCUUGCUACUGUUCUUGGUGGACCACAGGGUCUGAUGCAGUAUCUCAUGCUUACCAACGGUACCUACGAACGUCUCGCCGACGCAAACGCCCACGCCAUCAAGGGCUUGCAGCCUAAGAUCAACGUCUGGAACACUGGGGCACAAGGCGACAACGCUGCUGAUCCUACGGCGCCUAUUCGUAACCUAUUCCAGAGCUUGCCUCCCCUUCUGAGCACCAUCCAUGACCAAACGGGUAUGUCACCGCCCAGUUGGUUGGCGCAGAUGCCUGUGGACGAUUCUAAGAAGACGAACGGUUUGCACUUGCGGAAUGGCAGCGAGGUCGGUUCUGCUUAG